AUGGUCCGCCCACCGCCCCUGCCAGGCCCGCCCACCGCCCCUGCCAGGCCCGCCCACCGCCCCUACCAGGCCCGCCCACCGCCCCUUAAAGGCCCGCCCACCAGGAAGCCGCCUCACGACCACCAGGAGUCUGAACCCUUCUGGACCCGACUGUUCCUUUACCGCUACCCGCCCUCCAUAGUGUACCCGCCCUCCAUAGUGUGCCCGCCCUCCAUAGUGUACCCGCCCUCCAUAGUGUGCCCGCCCUCCAUAGUGUACCCGCCCUCCAUAGUGUGCCCGCCCUCCAUAGUGUACCCGCCCUCCAUAGUGUACCCGCCCUCCAUAGUGUGCCCGCCCUCCAUACUGUGCCCGCCCUCCAUAGUGUGCCCGCCCUCUAUAGAGUGCCCGCCCUCCAUAGUGUGCCCGCCCUCCAUAGUGUGCCCGCCCUCCAUACAGUGCCCGCCCUCCAUACAGUGCCCGCCCUCCAUAGUGUGCCCGCCCUCCAUAGAGUGCCCGCCCUCCAUAGUGUGCCCGCCCUCCAUAAUGCCCGCCCUCCAUAAUGCCCGCCCUAGAGCCCAGCACUGA